UUUCUCUUCUCUCGCUUUUAGGGUUCAUGCGUGACUGCUUCAACUUGUUAUGUUGUUGAAAGUUUAAACCACAAAACAUGAACCUUUGCGCGUCUUCCUUCAAAUUCAACUUCCCCGGCUGCCGGCGCUGCUUGCGCUUGUCAAAACCCCUAAUCUCUGCGUCUUUGACGGUGUCUCUGUUCUCCCAUCAGAAUCCUUCUUCGUCCACCGCAAUGGCAGCUUCCAUCACCACUGACACUUCGAAGCCCAAACAGAUGGACCCUUGGCUUAUCGUCGGCCUCGGCAAUCCCGGCAAGAAGUAUUCUGCCACCCGCCACAAUGUUGGUUUUGAGAUGGUUGAUACUAUUGCUGAAGCUGAGGGGAUACCUAUGAGCAGCGUUUCCUUUAAAGCCUCCUUUGGAAAAGGUUUUAUAGGUGAUGUACCAGUUAUACUUGCAAAACCACAAACUUUUAUGAAUGCAAGUGGGGAAUCUGUUGGGGCCAUAGUUUCGUAUUUCAAGAUUCCAUUGAAGCAAGUAGUUGUGAUCUUUGAUGACAUGGAUUUGCCUUUUGCUAAAUUGCGGCUGCUACCAAAGGGGGGACAUGGAGGUCACAACGGAAUGAAAAGUAUAAUUAAUCACUUUAAAGGGAACACUGGUUUUCCCCGCUUAAGAAUCGGCAUUGGACGGCCUCCUGGGAAAAUGGAUCCUGCAGCAUUUGUUCUUCGCCCUUUCACUAAGCAGGAAAGAGAAGAGUUGGACUUUACAUUACAAGAUGGAUUAGAAGCAAUGCGGAUUCUUUUGCUAGAGGGAUUUGAUAAAAGUGCAACGUUUGUUAAUAGUGCCAAAAAGAUAGAGCAAAUGGGUUGAGUGAUUGCUGAAUCUAAAAAUCAUUUUGGCAAGUUGAAACAGACAGAAGCAUGUGGCUACAAUAUACAAUGUUUAAGCAAGUUCAUCCAUUCUUUCGUAAGUAUGCUUCUGUUACAUUUGGUCAUUUUUUAGCAGCUCCAGCGCAAUAAAUUAUUAGGCACUUGAUGGUAAAUUUUGUUACAUAGAAGUUAGAACCAAAUUGUUUGGCUGCCAAUGAAACCAGUCUUUCUGAGCUGCAUUUGUUGUACAGAGUUCUUUGUAUAACUUUUUAGUAAAGAUCAUGUAUUCAUCAGUAACUUGUCUGUUUAUUGGUUUCGGGGAUACUGCCACUCUUCGGCUAAUGUCUUAACUUCCAUUUACAUAUGUACCAAUCUAUAUCUUUAUCAAUAAUUCAAUAUAGAAAAGGGAUCUACUCUGUCAAA